UGUCACCGUCAUGUCGUCGCAAAAGUCUGGAAUUGUCGUGCAAAGUGAUGAGACCCAUAUUCUCAUUUCUUCAAGUCAUGAUAUAUUCGUGGCAGAUCCAGACCAAAAUACAAAGUUGGGCGAUUCGGUUUCCUUCACGACUUGGGACAUCGCCAACAAUUUGAAACGUGCCUCUGACAUCAAACCACGGAACCAGAUUGUUGAAUCCGUUGUGUAUGAGCAAGAUCAAUCAUUGAGGCUCAGAUUGAAGAUUUUGGGGUUUUACGACUUCACCAAAUCUCAGCAAAGAGUUUUUAGAACUGACUUCAUUACGCAAGUUCGAGAAGGAGAGAAAUUCAAGUAUCUUCCGAAAAACGCAUUUUUCGGAAGGCAGAUUACAGUCAAACUGACCCACCAGAAAAACUCAAUUGUGUGGGAACUUGAUGAAUUCGAAGAACCCAAAGAGAAGACGUAUUCAUUAAUUGGCCAGAUUUACUACACUGAUUUCAGUGAUGCAUAUGUCUAUGUUCCAGGAUAUCCUGAACCGUUUGUAAUAUCGAAGGAAACUAACUUCAGCCGAUCAGAAGAAGGCACAUGGGUCAAGUUCUUAGCCUGUACGGCGACAGCUUCUGUGAAGAAAUCGGAAGGAUUUCAAUUCCUGGAAAAGGAUCUAUUAGAUACCAACAGGAAUAGAGAAAUUGCCAUCAAAUGUUCCCGCAAAGAUGGAAUCAUCCAAUCACAUCAUUUUGAAAAGGUUAUCGAUAAGGAUAACAGAUUAGCUGAUUAUGGAGUUCUCUCGGAUUUUGAAAAUGUUCUAAUCUAUGUCAAGGUUUCAAUGGAAGGUGUCAGCAAGAAGCCCUCGCUGAUUCUUGGACAAUUUCAAACGAGUUUCAACGUGAACCCCACGCUCACAAGAGAUCAAAAAGAAGCACUCGAUCCUCCAAAAAGAAUUCUCAAGAAGCAGUCUUCUCUUCCAAGAGAGGGGUCAUCCCGAAAACAAGUCACACAAAUUCAAAACUUGUCAAGAAAAAUCGAAACCGGGCCAAGAAUCAAUUUUCUCCCCAACUUUAAUAAUCAGGAUCACGGCAGUGAAUUCUUCUCGGACAAUGAAGAAAUGGAUUUGGUUCCACCACUUGAGAAUUCCCAUCUUCGAGUUGAUCCGGUUCCUGUUCCUAUUGAACCGUCGAUUCAACAAAAUCGAACGACAACCACUGCUCCAAUCUCAGCACCCGCGAGACGUAUUUCAAGUAAUGAGUCAAGACGAGAAAAUCCAAAUUCACAACCAGCACCUUCAAAAAUGCAAAACGUUUUCCGAGAAGACCCAGAAGCUGAGUAUAAGCGUCCAGAAAGAAGCAAUGCUGAUAAUGAUGAAACUUCAAGCACGAUAUCUGCGUGCUCUUCAAAAAGCCGCAUUGUUCGUGAGAAUCCAGAUGCCAAUUAUGAAAGGCCUGCUCGUCGGCUCCCAACUCCUCCCUUGGAAGCAAACGACAACUUGGAGCAUCAAAGCCAUGAUUCAUCAUCGACAGACGGCUUAAGAGACACUUCACCUGUUGGAAACAACACGAACCCCCGCUCAGGAUCACCAAGUUGCCACUCCGACACACAUUCAAGCGUGUCAAGUUCAUUAUGGAUCACCACUAUCAACUCAUCAAAAGAUUUGGAAUUUGUUAAAAACGAAUAUAUCAAACUUUGGAUUGAAGAUCAGGCUUCACAAAAAGAAAUGAAGAAUCUCAAGGCAAAGAGGAUCGAAUUGAAAAUGAAACAGAAGAAAUUGAAAGCUGAGCUCAACGAUGAAAAGAUGAAGAAUCAGAAAUUGGAAGAGGCAGCUUUCAACGACAGAAAAGAAAAAGCUGAGUUGAAAAAGAAAGUCUCCAAUUUGGAACAAUCUGCGCAAAACACCCAGAGAACUCUGCAAAAUCAAACCAGAGAAUUGAACUUAUAUAGUACCAACAGAUCCUGGCUCCGAAAAGAGUUUAACAGUACUAACCUCUUGGAGCAUCUCCGACGCAACUACCACGACCUUUCCAAAAGAUUGGAACAAUUUGCCUUUAAUUGAAAAAAAUGGCAAGAUACACAUAACUCCUGUACCAGUUAUCUGAAAAAAGAUGACUUCAUUUACUAAUUGAAACUGAAUUUUGAUGCUGUCAAUUCUUGUAACAUUCAUUGAUUGUAACUGAAAUGUGAAAACAUUGCUGGAUAAUAAAUUCAUUGUUAAUAA